AUGGCUUCUGCUAUUUCCAAACCCGAGAGCACGGUUCCUUGGAAGAAGAACCUGUCCGCUCACCUCGUCUGCCCCGAGUGCAAGGAGGACCCCCCGAAUCUGGAGUUCCCUGAUUCUCAUGAGACCGUCUGCGGCUCCUGCGGACUGGUGCUUGCCGACCGCGAGAUUGAUGUGCACUCUGAAUGGCGUACCUUUUCCAACGACGAUCAGAACAAUGAUGACCCCUCCCGUGUUGGAGACGCCUCGAACCCUCUUCUCAACGGCGCUCAACUGGAGACCUCCAUCGCAAGUGGAGGUUCCGGCCGUGCUCGUGACUUGUACCGCGCGCAAAACAAGCAGUCAGGCGAAAAGGCAAACAAGGCGCUUUUGGCAGCUUACAAGGAGAUCGGUGCUCUGUGCGACGGUUUCAACAUCCAGAAGACUGUUGCGGAUACCGCUAAGUAUCUCUUCAAGAUGGUUGAUGACGCCAAGGCGUUCAAGGGCAAGUCGCAGGAAGUCAUCAUUGCCGGAUGCAUUUUCAUCGCCUGCCGCCAGUGCAAGGUCCCGCGUACCUUCACUGAGAUCUUUGCCGUGACCAAGGUUACUCGAAAGGAGAUUGGACGCAUCUACAAGGCCCUGGAGAAGUUUUUCACCACUCAAAACGUCGAGCGCCACAACGCCGCCUUGGAGAAUGGCGAGACUCACGACACUACUGGCGAUUACAAUGCCACUACUUCGACCAAGCCCAGCGAUCUUUGCAAUCGUUUCUGCAACCUUCUCGAACUUCCCUACCAGGUCACCAGCGUCUCUGUCUCUCUUUCGGACCGCGUUACUGUCAUGGGCGACCUGGCCGGACGUUCUCCUCUCUCUAUCGUCGCAGCCUGCAUCUACAUGGCCUCGUACCUCAUGGGUCACGGCAAGACUGCCAAGGAGAUUUCUCAAGUUGCACACGUCAGCGAUGGAACCAUUCGUGGUGCCUACAAGCAAUUGUACCAUGAGCGCGAGCGCCUGGUUGACCCUGAGUGGAUCAAGGGCGGUAAGGGUGAUAUGAACAGGCUGCCCGUGAGCUGA